GCACAUGAUUGUUGUCAGUUUGGAUACACAACACGAAUCUAUUUCUUUGCGCUCUAUACCUUGUAACAAAAUCAAAAACAUGGCAUUGCCAGUAAAUGGCUGUGUACCCCUUAAGAAACCUAGACUAGCACCCACAAACCCUGUUACUGUUGUCCUGGGAUCACAAUGGGGUGAUGAAGGGAAAGGAAAAAUUGUUGACAUGAUUGCUGCUAAUGCCGACAUUUGCUGCCGCUGUCAGGGAGGUAACAAUGCUGGUCACACUGUAGUUGUUGGUGAAAAAGCCUAUGAUUUCCACCUACUGCCGAGCGGUAUAGUCAACAAGAAAUGCACAGCUGUUAUAGGAAAUGGGGUCGUGGUACAUCUGCCAAAUUUGUUUGAGGAAAUUGAAAAGAAUGUUGAGAAAGGAAUGGAGGGUUGGCAGGAAAGACUUUUGAUCUCAAACCGAGCUCACUUAGUGUUUGAUGUUCAUCAGAUGGUGGAUGGCCUACAGGAAACUGGAAGGGGCAAGAACAUAAUUGGAACAACUAAGAAAGGAAUUGGUCCAGCUUAUUCCUCUAAGGCAACUCGUAAUGGUCUACGUGUUGGUGAUCUUGUCGGUGACUUCUCUCUAUUUACAGAAAAAUUCAGGAAGUUAAUAGACUACUACAAGAGCCAUCAUCAGGAUUUAGAAGUGGAUGUUAACAAGGAACUUGAGAGGUAUAAGGUAUUGCGCAACAAAGUCAAACCAUUUGUGAGGGAUACAAUUCCAAUUCUGUCCAAGGCCAUCAAGGAUGGGAAAACAAUACUCGUUGAAGGAGCCCAGUCUAAUGUUCUAGACAUAGACUUUGGACUUUACCCAUAUGUGACAUCUUCUAACUGCAGCGUAGGAGGGGUGUGUACCGGCCUAGGAAUCCCACCCCACUGUCUUGGUGACAUUGUGGGUGUGGUCAAAGCUUACCUCACGAGGGUGGGCAGUGGAGGAUUUCCCACAGAACUCAACAAUGAAGUGGGUGAGAAACUGGUAAACAUUGGCCAUGAGUAUGGAGUGACAACAGGAAGGAAAAGAAGAGUAGGGUGGUUGGAUAUAGUGAUGUUACGUUACUCCAACAUGAUCAAUGGAUUUACUCAUCUGGCAAUAACAAAGCUGGAUGUGUUAGAUGACUUUGAUGAAGUGAAAAUAGGUAUAGCAUAUGAACUAGAUGGAGUAAAAAAUUACGACAGUUUUCCAGCUCUGGAUGAAGAUCUCUGCAGAGUAAAGGUGGAAUAUUUGACAUUACCAGGGUGGAAAGUAACCACAGCCGGAGCUCGAAAUUUCUCAGAUCUACCUCAGAAUGCACAGAAUUAUAUACACAAGGUCGAGGAGUUGGUCGGAGUGCCAGUGAAGUGGAUUGGAGUUGGGCAAUCCAGAGACUCUGUCAUUGAAGUCUGUUAACAUCACUCCAUGGAUUUGGCCAUUGAAGGGGAAAACAUGGAAAUCUUUUGAAAUUAUAGAAAUCCACACCUGUAUCUUUACAUAACUAUCUCUAUACUAAGUGGUGGUGGAAUUUUCCCUGACUUUGUAAAUAAACAAUUCCAAUUAAUCAUGUUUUAAUUGACAGUCUGUGAUCAUCAAAUUGAUAUUGUUUUUAAAUAAUGGUAAAAAGAACACUUGUAAUGUGUUUUAAUGAUUUUUUUUUUAAUUUUAAAUGUGAAAAUAUUUAAGGCAUAUAAAUUUGUGUUAUUGGAUGUUAGUCAUUGGGUAACAGACAUGUUCUGAUCAAUGUCUCUUUGUAAUCAGAUCUGAGGGUGUUGCUUCAUUGUGUUCAUAUAAUUUUUCCUGUGUUGUAAAACCAAUUCCAACAUUCAAACAGCUGUGUGUGUUCAUAAAUCAGACUUUUAGAGCAAGUUUUAAAAUUGUUUUUUAAUGUUUUUAUAGGGCAUAAUGGU